AUGUUCGGAUACGACAUGUCCUGGGCAUCCUUCCACGUUCUUGAAGUAAUGUCUUCGUCGAAACAUUUACAGAAGCGCAUUGGGUACUUGGCGGCAGCUCAAAGUUUUCGCGCCGAGACAGAAGUACUGAUGUUGGCGACGAAUCUGCUGAAGAAGGAUGUUGUCUCAUCGUCCAUCGUGAAUCUGUCAUUACCACUCGCAACGCUACCGCAUAUUGUUACUCCGUCGCUCGCCAUGUCGCUUUUGAACGAUCUCCUCCCCCGGCUUUCGCAUUCGAAUGCAGUCGUUCGCAAAAAAUCGAUUGUUGUGCUUUACAGGUUUGCCUUGGUUUAUCCCGAGACACUCCGGUUGGCUUGGCCAAAGCUGAAGGAUCGCCUUAUGGACGAUAAUGAAGAUAGUAGCGUCAUUGCUGCCGUUAUGAACGUCAUUUGCAUUAUUCAAACCACAACCGCAAUGUCUCUGCUCUAUGAAUGUAUCAAUGGUAUAAUUCAAGGAGGCAUUCUUACAGAGGCUGAAGGGACACAAGAAGGUGAUGAAAUUGCAAGCUUGUGUGUGACGAAACUUAGGGGCAUGGUUGUCAUGGAUGCCGAUCCCAAUUUGAGAUAUGUCGCACUUCUUGCGUUCAACCGCAUUGUCAUCUCUCACCCGUAUCUUGUUGCAAUGCAACGAAAUGUGAUCAUGGACUGCUUGGACGAUCCAGAUAUUUCUAUAAGGCUUCAAUCACUUGAGCUCGCCGUGCAAAUGGCAACGUCAGAUACAUUACAGGACAUCGUCAACCGCCUGUUGAAGCAGUUGUUGAAUAGCAAAAAGCCGGAAUCUCAAGAAAACGUUGGGGAUGAUACUGUUGAAGGCCUGAAUGAUUGGCGCGAUACAGAAUUCGUGGAUACUCCAUCUUCGAUAGUUCCAAGUCAAGCAGCAUAUGACUUGCCAGCUGAUUACAAGACCGACGUCGUUAGCCGUAUAUUGGACAUAUGUUCACGUGACAACUAUACGGAUAUCAUUGAUUUUGAGUGGUACGUCGAAAUCCUAGAGCAACUGCUCAAGCUUUUGCCUCAUCUCAAUACGCACAAACGGGCUCAGGGUGACGGCGCUCUGAGCCUCCUUCUAGAGACGGAUAUUGCAGUAAGAGUAGGUGCGGAACUGCGAAGUGUUGCAGUGCGCGUUAAGGCUGUUCGUGAGAAGGCUACCAAAGCGGGGGAAUCAUUUCUCUUCUUAGUUGAUGUGCAGCAGGCCUAUCAAACCGCAUUAUUCGCCUACGUUGGAGCGCUCGGUCCGAUUGCUUGGAUAGCUGGUGAAUUUUCGCAGCUUCUGUCUUUCCCCGAUCGUAUUCUGAACAUCCUCAUCAGCCCGAAUAACAAAAACCUUCCUGGAGCAGCCCUUAUUCUUUACUUACAAGCGAUACCCAAGGUGUUCUUGCGAUUGAUUUCGUCUGAGCGUUCAUGGUCUGCUAGCAGCUACACGGAGUUUUCUCUCAUUCUUGUGCGUCUGAUCACUUUCCUGGAGGGCUUAGGAGCACACCCGGACUUGGAUGUGCAAGAACGAGCGACUGAAUUUCUUGAACUUCUCCGUUUGGCAAAGGAGGCGUUGCACCCGGACGUGAAAGAUCUUCACGAAUUACCGUUCUUACUUGCGGAUGUCAUUCCUGGUCUCUUCAGGGGUUUAGAUCUAAACUCUGUGUCCGUAGACGCUCAAAAGAGGGUCCCACUUCCGGAGAAUCUAAAUCUGGACGAAACGAUAAAUGGCAUAAUACCAAAAGCUGCAGAUGAAAAAUACGACACGUGGGUUGAGGCAGAUGCCUACAAUGACAUCAAGAGCUUCUAUUAUAUCUCUAGUGGGCCAUUGCCCCCCCAGAAAGAGAUGGGGCUUGAUGCUCAAGUGGACAUCACCUUAGAAAAUGCAGAUAUCAGCUAUGCCAGCACGAAUAGCGGUCAAGAACGGUUCAGUCGUCGGGAACGGAAUAGGGAUGAUCCUUUUUACAUUGGUCACAACGACGGGCCCUCUCUCGAUGCAGUCACGCCCUUAUAUCAGGUCCACGAUAUGUCGAAUAGGGACGAGUUGGAUAUAGAUUCUAUUCCUAUUAUCGAUCUUACAACCAUACCGUCGAACACCCCCUCUCUAGGGCCGGACAAAAACAGUCGAGGUCGUGUCAAGCCAGGGAAAUUCCACAUAGCAGCUGACGAGACUAUUGACUUUGAUGGAACUCUAUCUACGGGACUAAAGAAUAAAAAAAACGAUAUGAGGACUCAAACAGGACGAAGUCUCCUGCAAGUUGACAGUAGCGGGAUCGAACAUUUGGCUCUGAGCGAAGCGCACAGAUUGCCAUCGAAUAGUGAAUUGCAACUUGAUCAGAUAGGGGAAGAGCAAGAUUUGGAAAUGGCGGAGGCCAUGCGAAAGAUAGAGCGUGUUCGGCUGGAAAUGCAACGAGCAUCUGAGCGAAUAGACGUUCAGGGGUUACCUUCUGAUGGCCAACUCAUCAAGAAGAAAGCCGUCAAGAAGAAAAAGAAGAAGAAAGUCAAAAGCGAAGAAGCCUGA